GUGUCUAAGCGAGAAAGUGCAACCGCAAAUCUGAUCCAUUAGAAUGUAGCAAUCCGUCAAUCAUAGCGAAAAGAAACAGCUGCGCGCACUCCUUGCCUACCGGAACUCUUACAAUCCACUUGGUGUGCAUUAUGAAGCUUUCUCCCCGACACUCGACAACGACGGCAAUGGGGACGGAAAUUGAGCCGAAUGAGUGUGGCGAAUAGUGUUUCUGUUAUAGCAAGCAGCUAUUGUACGUACCUACGUGAAUGCAUCACCUGCCGUAACGAUCUGGAGGCUCCACUGAAUUAGUUUAGAUCAAGUGCGGGAACAACCACAACGCGAAUCGCAAGACCUUCAAGUGUUGCUCGCGGUUCUGCCAGGGCGAAAGGGGCAGCAAAUUGGCAUUCGUCGCGCGCAUUUUACAGAAAGCCGUUGAUCGGUGCAGACACGGAAAGUAAACGACCGCGCGGUUGAGUUUUCGUUAGAGCGAUGACAGUCGAAAGUGCUAACGGCGUUAAAAAACAGGAUGAGAUAGAUACGAUAGGCACCAGUGAGUUAGGAUGUGGUCGACGAUUACUUCAAUUUACUCAAGUGUACUGGAAGUCAUUGUUUGUGUUGACGGUCCCAGUGGUAGCUGCCCUGCUGUUUCUAGUUGAGAAUACACCAGCCUUCAGAUGCUUGUAUGUAGUUAUCGUAAUGUCCAGUCUGUGGGUAACGGAAGCCCUCCCGUUGCCCAUCACGUCGAUGCUUCCGAUCGUGCUAUUUCCGCUGAUGGGCAUUCUAAGCACCAGUGAAACAUGUGUUGUCUACAUGAAGGAACCGAUUAUAAUGUUUGUCGGAGGAGUCGUUUUGGCACUGGCGAUAGAGUAUUGCAAUUUGCACAAACGAGUCGCAUUGAAAGUGAUCGCCAUGAUAGGUUGCAGCCAGCGACGGUUGCACUUGGGUUUGAUCGUCGUCACCAUGCUGCUGUCCAUGUGGAUCUCCAAUACGGCCGCAGUGGCUAUGAUGUGUCCCAUUGUGCAGGCAGUCCUACAGGAGCUAGAAUCGCAAGGACUCUGCCAGAUGUUUGAAACGGUGGACGUGAUAGAAGCCCCGGAAGGCAGUGAUAGGCCAAAGGAUGAAGUGAAGAAGCCAUCCAGAACAACCCUCUGUUAUUUCCUGGGAACAGCAUAUGCGUCCAGUAUUGGCGGCUGCGGAACGAUCGUCGGUUCCGGAACAAAUCUCACCUUCAAAGGAUUGUACGAAAGCCGCUUCCGCAAUGCACCGUCGAUCGACUUUCCAAGCUUUAUGUUCUUCAACGUACCGUUGAUGCUGCUGAACAUUAUCCUGGUGUGGACUUUCCUACAGUGGUAUUUCAUGGGACUGUUCAGACCAAACAGUGAACAUGCCAAACAAUCGCAAAUCGGCCGGGAAGGUGAAGCAAUCGCUCGGCGUGUCAUUGAAUCGCGUUACAAGGAUAUGGGUCCCAUGACUCCGCACGAAAUCAGUGUAGCCAUUCUUUUCGUACUCUCGGUUGUGUUGUUCUUCACUCGAAAUCCUGGAUUCGUCAGCGGUUGGGUUGAUCUGUUUCCUGGCGUCGCAAUCAAGGAUGCCACUCCUGCAAUAUUCAUUGUGAUUGCUCUGUUCAUAGUUCCAGCGGAUUGGCGAUGGUUAAAUUACUUCAAAAGAAAAGCAGUCUCACUACCGAAGGAACCAUCAUCUGCGUUGAUUACCUGGAAAUUUGUCAACCAAAAAGUCCACUGGAGUUUGAUCUUCCUACUCGGCGGUGGAUUUGCACUGGCUGAAGCUGGCCACGUAUCCGGUAUGUCGGCGUUGCUUGGCCAGUCGCUUUCCGGACUGCAAAGCCUCCCACCGAUGGCGCUUCUAUUUGUAGUUUGCUUGACAGCUCAAGUAUUGACUGAAUUCACCUCCAACGUUGCUAUCUGCAACAUUAUCGUUCCAGUACUAGCUGAAAUGGCCAUUGUGAUAAAAACUCAUCCACUGUACCUCAUGCUUCCCGCUGCAAUGUCUUGCAGUUACGCCUUCCACAUGCCCGUGGGAACGCCUCCGAAUGCGAUCGUGGCCGGAGCGGGACGAAUUGCAACCAAAGAUAUGGCUCUGGCUGGCAUUGGACCAUCGCUGAUUACUCUGCUGGUGAUGUGGCUCGGCUUUCCAACGUGGGGCGCUGUCGUCUAUCCGGAGAUUAACACUUUUCCGGAGUGGGCUAUGGAAGGUCUGACGAAUACUACUAUACACUAAUUUUUAAGUGUUUUUUACAGUUUAUUGUUUAAACGUAUUCUAAAUAUAGAAUAAUAUAGAGUUAUUUAUUUUACGAAUGAUCU